UACCUGCAAACAGUUAUAUUUACAAUGGCGUUCAGUUUGGUGGUUUUUUCAUACGUCGUGGCUUUAAUUGUAGAUGCUUUUUUAAUAUUCUUUGCAAUAUUUCAUGUUGUUGCGUUCGAUGAAUUAAAGACUGGCUAUAAAAAUCCCAUCGAACAAUGUAACAGUUUAAAUCAGCUGGUUAUUCCAGAAUAUGGAUUGCAUAUUUUAAGUAACAUAUUAUUUUUAAUAAGCGGACAGUGGUUUUCAUUACUUUUAAAUGUUCCAUUAAUAGCGUAUCAUUUAUGGCAAUAUUUUCAUAGACCUGUUAUGUCUAAAGCAGGUCUUUAUGAUCCUACAAGUAUAAUGAAUGCUCAGGUUCUAAUGAUUCGCCAAAGAGAAGGAUGGAUAAAACUUGCAUUUUACCUUUUAUCAUUUUUUUAUUAUUUAUACGGUAUGAUCAGUUCAUUAAUUCAUUGAAAAAGGUAUUCCUUAUUGUGCUUUCAAUAACUUUCUGCAUUUUUUUUUUUAAUAUGUAUAAAGUCAGUGUCUAUGAAUAAGUGGAAGGAUAAUUUAAUAUGUUAAAAUGUUAAGAUUUUUAAAAAUAAAGCUUAAUGUUUGGAUACCAA